GUGAACAGUCGCGAACAGUCGUGAGUCGACCAGGUCCGUAUACGAGUUUGUCCGUUUCCUCGUCUACCCCUUCUAACGCAUUUUGUCAUUGCUCGUCCGAAAAGCAUCGCAUUUCUAUGAUUUUUUCAUUGUGCAAAAUGUCGUUGAUAACAUUAUAAAAACAAUUGUAGAAAUCAGUAGAAAUCUUGUCAGAGAUUAAACGGAGAACGUGUCAGUUUUUUCCUCUGCUCCAAUACAACUUGAAAAAUCAAGGGCGCUGUACUUCGUUUAAAAAAAAAAUGUAAAUAAAACCAUCUGAUGUGUAAUAGGACUGGACAGGACUGGAACAACCAAGUGUUGUGCCCCGAAUAGACGUAGGUUUAUAUGUAUAUACAUAUAUGUAGACAUCAAAAUUAGAAAAAUCAUGAUGAAUAAUUUCUGAUAUCGUUCAAAAAAUUUUGCAAACAAAUGUAAAUCAUUCGCGAGUACAAAUUUACUAGUUCAGGCUAAUUUUUAAUUUCUAACAGGUUUGUGUAAAUGUAUGUAUAUAUAAAUUGGUGUAAAUUAUAACUAUAGUUUACCUAUUCUAGGAUCAAGGACAAUUAUAUUGCUCAAUGUAAUUCAAUGCCACAAGUUACAACGAUUGUAUUAAUUUUAUGAAAUGAAUUGUCAAUAUUUAUUCCAUAUUCAUAUAUCAAAUGUGAUUGAAAUAUAAAUAAAUUAUUAAGAGAACGAUUGUGUUUCUUAAUUUAUAUUCUUAAUUUAUUGAUACCGAUUAUAAUAUGGAUAAAUUGAAUUCAUCUAAACGCAAAAGGACAGUUGAUGAUUUAUUGCAAAAGUUUGAGAAUAACAGAAAAAAUACAGCUGAAUCUAUCAUAACAUUUAAUUUUAAUAAAAAACGUGUCCGACUGUUAAAUAAUUUGAAUGAUGUAAAAGAGGGAUGUAAAGGGAUCUUAUACUGGAUGUUUCGCGAUGUUAGAGUACAAGAUAAUUGGGCUUUGCUCUUUGCACAAAAGACUGCUUUGAAAAACAAUGUAGCACUUCAUAUUUGUUACUGUAUCCUGCCAAGAUUUCUCAAUGCUUCGAUACGACAUUAUAAAUUUCUCUUGAAAGGAUUGAAGGAAGUCGAGGUUGAAUGUAAAGCGUUAAAUAUAUAUUUUCAUCUUUUAUAUGGAGAACCAAAAGUCAAUAUCCUUGAAUUUGUGAAAGUAUUUAAAAUGGGUGCUGUAAUUGUUGACUUUUAUCCAUUGAAAUUGCCCAUGUCAUGGAUCGACGAUAUACAGAACGAUUUACCUAAAGAUAUUCCUAUUUGUCAAGUAGACGCACACAAUAUUGUGCCAUGCUGGCAUGCUUCACCAAAGGAAGAAUUUGCUGCAAGAACAAUUAGAAAUAAAAUACAUACAAAAUUGGAAGAAUUUUUAACAGAAUUUCCACCCAUUGUGAAACAUCUAUAUAUAACAAAGGAAAAGUUUAGAAGCAAUAAUUGGGAAACAGCUUUGGAAAAUGUAAAAAUAGAUACAUCGGUAGAUGAAAUUACAUGGGCUAUGCCAGGAUAUAAACAUGGUAUCAAAGAACUAGAAAGUUUCAUACAAAAUCGUUUGAAAAAUUACGCAACUGAGCGUAACAAUCCCUUGUCAAAUUCCAUUAGCAAUUUAUCUCCAUGGUUUCAUUUCGGCAUGAUAUCUGUACAACGUUGCAUUUUGGAAAUGGAGGAAUAUAGAAAAUUAUAUCCAAAAUCUGUUGAAUCUUUUAUAGAAGAGGCUGUUAUUCGGCGAGAACUCAGUGAUAAUUUUUGUUUUUAUAAUGAAAAUUAUGAUCUUAUUAAAGGAGCUCAUGCUUGGGCAAUAGAAACGUUAAACAUACAUCGGAAAGAUAAAAGAGAGUAUGUAUAUUCUUUAAACAAUUUGGAAAAUUGUCAGACCCAUGACGAUUUAUGGAAUGCAUGUCAAAAUCAAAUGGUAACAACAGGAAAAAUGCAUGGAUUUUUGAGAAUGUAUUGGGCAAAAAAAAUCUUACAGUGGACUGAAACACCUGAAAAUGCUUUAGAAUGGGCUAUUUUCUUAAAUGACAAAUAUAGUAUAGAUGGUUGUGAUCCCAAUGGUUAUGUAGGUUGUAUGUGGUCUAUAUGUGGUAUUCAUGAUCAUGGUUGGCCAGAGAGGGAAAUAUUUGGAAAAAUAAGAUACAUGAAUUAUGAAGGAUGUAAACGGAAGUUUAAUGUUAAAGAGUUUGUCGCCAAGUGGGGAAAGGAGAAAAGCGAUAAUAUAUCAAAAUGA